GGCGGCGGGCGGUGGAUGGGGGUGGUGGGCACGGCGGCCGUGCCGGACCCCGGCGGGGCCGCGCUGCCCCGCGGCUUCUGGGCGGCCGUGCGCGUGUGGCUGGAGAAGCCGCAGGUGGUCAACAGGAGGCUGUGCGGAGCCGCCCUGGAGGCGGAGGGCGCGGUGCCACUCGGGGAGGGCGGGCAGGCACCUCCGUCCCUCGCCGCCGUGGGCGGCGGGCAAGAGGGGCGAGCGGGGACCGCGGAGCUGGGCAGGCUGUGGAGGGAGGUACGGGGCCAGCUAUGUCUGCUGCCGCCGCCCCUCAGGCCGUGGGGCGGGCCGGGCGAGCUCCGAGCCCUGCUGAGGACGCUGCUGCCCCGGGCGCGCCCACCCACCCCGCCGGCCCGGGAGCUGGUGGUCCAAGAUGUUUACAAUGGAACUGUGACCUUUCUGCCUUUGGAGGAAAAUAGUGAAGGAAAAUGCCUGAUUAAAAAGUGCAAUAUUUAUCAAAUUCAACUUAGACACAUAAAAGAUGAGGAAUGGUCUGUGUCUGUUGUAGCUCCAUUUCCAGAGGAUUGGUUUUCAGAUGGAAUUGCAUACCCCAAACUAGCAUGGCUUGGAAAUGAACUUCUGUCCAAACUGGCUAAAUGGUCCGUGGAGCAAAAACCCAGUGAGUUUAAAAGUACACUCUCACUCAUUUCCGUUGCAAAGUACAGCAAAGUGUAUCAAGAGCUCAAAGAAAAAUACAAAGAAAUGGUAAAGGUGUGGCCUGAAGUGACAGAUCCUGAAAAAUUUGUUUAUGAAGAUGUUGCCAUUGCCUCUUACUUGCUGGUUCUUUGGGAAGAAGAAAGAAAGGAAAAAGGAUUAACUAAGAAACAGACGUUUGUAGAUCUUGGAUGUGGAAAUGGUCUACUGGUUCACAUUCUAAACAAUGAAGGGCAUUCAGGUAGAGGAAUUGAUGUGAGGAGAAGAAAAAUAUGGGACAUGUAUGGACCAGAAACUCAUUUAGAGGAAUCUACAAUCAUGCCAGGUGACAGUCAUCUCUUUCCAGAUACUGACUGGCUCAUAGGGAACCAUUCAGAUGAAUUAACACCGUGGAUACCUGUAAUUGCAGCUAGGUCUUCCUAUUCAUGUUGCUACUUUGUGCUGCCAUGUUGUUUCUUUGAUUUCCAUGGAAAAUACAGCCGAAGACAAAGCAAGAAAACUCAGUACAGAGAAUAUAUAGAUUUUGUUGCCCAAGUGGGAUUUGUAUGUGGCUUUCAUGUAGAGGAAGAUUGCCUUAGAAUUCCAUCAACAAAAAGGGUAAGCCUGAUUGGAAAAAAUAGGACCUAUCCACCUACAGAAUCUGCUCUGAUUGACAAGCAGAUAACAGAGUUUAUUAAUAAUCGUCGGACCUGUGCUGGGAUCACAUGUGACAGAAGAGUUGGAUUUAAUCAUAAAGAUCACUGUGAUGGUGUAUGUGAAGAAGCAGGCUCAGAACUGCCUGAAGACGAGACUGAGACAGCUGGUACGACUUGGAUGCCUGGAUUUCAACCCAGAGAAAAAGUGGAACAAAUCAGAAACUGUGCUUCCCUCCCUCGGGAGUUUGUAGAUGAAGUGGUUCUCAAUGUGGCAAACUUGCUGUUAAAUGCAACCCCCCAAAAGUCAUGUUCAAAUAUGCAGGGUGGAAAUACAAAUUCCUGGAAUCAAGGAGAAAGCCUUUCCUUGAAAGAAGUGGCAGAACACUUAAAUAAAGAGACACUAAAAAGGCUGAAGAGUGAAUAUGGAGGCCUGCAGACACUACUCAAGAACAAUCAUCAAGUAUUUGAAGUUUUGAAUGGGAGAGUUCACAUUCGUGACUGGAGAAAAGAGAAACCAUCAAGUAAAACGAAACCUGAAGUGAAGCGUCGCCUUUCAGCUGAAGCAUUUAAAACACGUCUCUGUUGGUUUUUCAUUCAUCAUCCUGAUGGUUGUUCUUUGCCUUCUGAAUCUUGCCCAUAUGCUCAUGGAACUGAGGAGCUAAGGAAGUCUCAGAUAAUUAAAAAGAAAAAACAUGUAAAGUAAUAAAAUGUUGCCACUUGUGUUCAAGCUUGUGUACACCCCUGAAGCUAGGAUGGACUUUGGGACUGUGUAGUGCAGGAAGAUCUGUACAAUAUGGAGGGGUUUUUCACGGUCCUAUGCCUCUUAUUUUGCAGCUGGUUUACAAGUUCUCCCGUAUUUCUAAUUCUUUAUUUUUGUAUGGAAAAGGUAUAGUAAAGGAUAUCUCUACAUUUGGAUUUGU